GUUACAACUGUUCCGAUUAAUAAUUUCUCCAUAUAUAGAUAGCGCGAAAACCAGGUCCGCGAUCUAUAUCCAGUUUAACUACGGAGACAUUCUAAAUAGAGAAUCAAGCAUAUACUCCGUACAUACGCACAUAGCGAGAGAGAGAGAUUGCGAACUGCGAUUUCCGGCUGCUCUGAUAUAGAGUUUUGGCAAUAUGUACAUAUUACAGAGACGUUCUGGAGAGAGAAGCAAGUAGAUAUAUAUACAUAGAGAGAAAGAGAGAGUUUGCAACCUGCGAAUUUCAGCUGUUCUGAUACAGAGUUUCAGCAAUAUAUUCAUUCUCGUUCUAAUUCUAUAGUUGCAGAGGCUUGAACUCGAACCCUAGCUUAAGUUCGUACUGGUGGCUUGAGGACUCUUACAGAUUAUUAGAAACUACAAUGGCAGAAAGCCGAAAUGGAAAUGUUCCACCUGCAAAUGGGAGGCCCACUGGAGCAGGAAAUGCUUAUACCAUUGAUCUGGAUAACUUCAGCAGGCGAUUAAAGACACUUUACACACAUUGGAAUGAUCACAAAUCUGAACUCUGGGGUUCUUCGGAUGUUUUUGCAAUAGCUACACCUCCUGCUUCUGAGGAUCUGCGGUAUCUGAAAUCCUCGGCUCUGAACAUUUGGUUGCUUGGUUAUGAAUUCCCAGAGACAAUAAUGGUUUUCAUGAACAAUCAGAUCCAUUUCUUGUGUAGCCAAAAGAAGGCCUCUCUGCUUGACGUAGUAAAAAGAUCUGCCAAGGAGGCUGUUGGAGUGGAAGUUACCAUGCACGUGAAAGCAAAGAACGAUGAUGGGACUACCCAAAUGGAUGCUAUAUUUCGUGCUAUACGUGCUCAGACAAAGUCCGAUGGUCAUGAUAAUCCUGUUGUUGGAUACAUUGCAAGAGAGACUCCGGAGGGGAAUCUUUUGGAGACAUGGGCUGAGAAGCUAAAGAACUCAAGUCUCCAACUUAUUGAUAUAACCAAUGGAUUGUCAGAUCUUUUUGCUGUUAAGGACAGCAGUGAGAUCACAAAUGUGAAGAAGGCUGCAUUUUUGACAGCUUCUGCAAUGAAGAAUUUUGUGGUUCCAAAGCUUGAGAAGGCUAUUGAUGAGGAAAAGAAAGUCUCCCAUUCUUCAUUAAUGGAUGAUACUGAGAAGGCCAUAUUGGAGCCAGCAAAAGUUAAGGUGAAGCUUAAGGCUGAGAAUGUCGAUAUCUGUUAUCCUCCUAUCUUUCAGAGUGGUGGUAAUUUUGAUCUGAGACCUAGUGCUUCGAGCAAUGAUGAACACCUAUACUACGAUUCAGCCAGUGUGAUUAUAUGUGCAAUUGGAUCCCGAUAUAACAGUUACUGUUCAAAUGUUGCCAGAACUUUCUUAAUUGAUUCCACUACAACACAGAGCAAGGCUUAUGAGGUUCUACUCAAGGCCCAUGAUGCAGCAAUUGGGGCAUUGAAGCCUGGGAACAAGGUCAGUGCUGUGUACCAAGCAGCCCUAUCUUUGGUUGAGAAGGAUGCUCCAGAUUUAGUAAACAACCUGACAAAAUCUGCUGGAACAGGCAUUGGUCUUGAGUUCCGUGAGUCAGGCUUGAGUCUGAACAUCAAGAAUGAACGAGUGUUGAAAGCAGGCAUGGUUUUUAAUGUGACUCUUGGUUUUCAGAAUUUGCAGACGCAAAUCAAGAAGCCAAAGAGCCAGAAUUUCUCCCUUUUACUGGCGGAUACUGUUAUUGUCACUGAUAAGGGCCAUGAUGUGGUGACUUCAGUGAGCUCUAAAGCCGUUACAGAUGUGGCUUAUUCAUUUAAUGAUGACGAGGAAGAAGAAGAAGAAGAGCAGCCGAAAGUGAAAGCUGAGCCUAAUGGUGCAGAGGCCUUAUUUUCCAAGGCAACCCUCAGGUCAGACAACCAGGAGUCGAAAGAAGAACUCCGAAGGCAGCACCAGGCUGAACUGGCUCGCCAGAAGAAUGAAGAAACUGCCCGACGACUUGCUGGUGGGGGUUCUGCAACGGGAGAUAACCGUGGUGCUGCGAAGUCUUCUAGUGAACUAAUUGCAUAUAAGAAUGUCAAUGAUUUACCCCCUCCUAGAGAAAUGAUGAUUCAGGUUGACCAGAAGAAUGAAGCCAUCCUCUUACCCAUUUAUGGAACCAUGGUUCCUUUCCAUGUUGCUACAGUGAAGACUGUCUCCAGCCAACAGGAUACCAAUCGAAAUUGCUAUGUCCGAAUAAUCUUCAAUGUUCCUGGCACUCCUUUCAGUCCUCAUGAUGCCAAUUCCUUGAAAUAUCAGGGUUCUAUAUAUUUGAAGGAGGUUUCAUUUCGCUCUAAAGACCCAAGGCACAUAAGUGAAGUGGUACAGCAGAUUAAAACACUCCGAAAGAAUGUUAUGGCCAGGGAGUCGGAGAGAGCUGAGCGAGCAACUUUGGUUACUCAGGAGAAACUUGUACUUGCAGGUAACAAGUUUAAGCCAAUACGGUUGCCUGACCUUUGGAUUCGUCCCACUUUUGGUGGUCGUGCAAGAAAACAGUCUGGUACACUAGAAGCCCACACGAAUGGGUUCCGGUACUCAACCUCAAGGCAAGAUGAGCGUGUGGAAGUCAUGUAUGGGAAUGUCAAGCACGCAUUCUUCCAGCCAGCAGAGAAGGAAAUGAUCACUCUUCUGCAUUUUCAUCUGCACAAUCACAUAAUGGUGGGAAACAAGAAAACUAAAGAUGUUCAAUUUUAUGUUGAAGUGAUGGAUGUGGUCCAGACACUUGGAGGUGGAAAGAGAUCUGCUUAUGACCCAGAUGAGAUUGAAGAAGAACAACGGGAAAGGGACCGAAAGAACAAAAUCAACAUGGAUUUCCAGAACUUUGUGAACCGGGUUAAUGAUCUCUGGGGACAGCCCCAAUUCAAAGGGCUUGACCUUGAGUUUGAUCAGCCUUUAAGGGAACUUGGCUUUCAUGGCGUUCCCUAUAAAGCUUCCGCUUUUAUUGUUCCAAGUUCAAGCUGUUUGGUUGAGCUAGUAGAGACUCCUUUUCUUGUCAUCACCCUAAGUGAAAUUGAGAUAGUGAACUUAGAGAGAGUUGGUCUUGGACAGAAGAACUUUGACAUGACAAUCGUAUUCAAGGAUUUCAAGCGAGAUGUGCUUCGAAUCGAUUCUAUUCCUUCAACAUCACUUGAUGGCAUCAAGGAAUGGCUGGACACAACAGACCUCAAGUAUUACGAGAGCAGACUGAACCUGAAUUGGCGUCCAAUAUUGAAAACUAUCAAUGAUGAUCCACAAAGGUUCUUAGAGGAUGGAGGUUGGGAAUUUUUGAAUUUGGAAGCUAGCGACUCUGAUUCUGAUAACACAGAGGAUUCAGACCAAGGCUAUGUGCCAUCAGAUGCUGAACCUGAGUCAGACUCGGAUGACGAUGUUUCUGACAGUGAAUCGCUGGUGGAAUCUGAGGACGACGAAGAGGAAUCGGAGGAGGAGUCAGAGGAAGAGAGAGGAAAAGCAUGGGAGGAGUUGGAGAGGGAAGCAAGUAAUGCAGACAGGGAGAAAGGCAGUGAAUCGGAUAGCGAGGAGGAGAGGAGGAGAAGGAAGAUGAAGGGAAUAGGCAAAUCUCGGGCUCGUCCCAGUAGCAGUUUACCCAAGCGACAAAAGUUUAGGUAGAUGCGGAUGUAUGUCAGUUAUUCCCCUACCUCUGUGUUGGAAUCUAUUAUGCUGCAAUAACAGCACCAGAUGCUUUAGAUUUAGUUUUUCAACUCAGUUUGGAAGAAUCUUGUUUAGAAUUUCUUUUUCUUCUUUUAAAACUGUAUGUCCCUCGCUUUGGGCUCUUGGCAGGUUGCUUAGCUGAUGGAUUUUGCUUGUAAAUUAUUGGUAUAUGAGUGUGAAAGUGACAAUAUAUAUAUAUAUAUAUAUAUAUAUGUAUCAAAUCUAAUAGUUCCUUUCAUCA